GGAAUCUGGACAGAGAGGAGAAGAGGCUUGUGCUGCGCCUGUAGCUAUCGGAUACCUUGCAGACUUACAGGACAGCCUCACCAAUCGACAACAUGAAGCAAAUAGUGGACAAAGCAAGGAAGGCCUUUCUCACAGGGAGGACACGUUCUAUAGACUUCAGAAUCCAGCAACUGCAAGCCAUGCGAAGAAUGCUCACUGAAAAUGAAGCUGGUUUUGUUGAAGCACUGAUAGCAGACUUGCACAAGAAUAAAUGCACUGCUUACAGCUAUGAGAUUAUGGGAAUGCUUGGUGAAAUCGAUUUGGCCAUUGAAAAUCUCCCGAAGUGGACAGAGCCUAAGCAUGUUAAAAAGAACAUAAUGACUAUGGGUGAUGACGUGUAUAUUAAUUAUGAACCUCUUGGCGUUGCCCUGGUCAUUGGAGCUUGGAACUAUCCUGUGGUGGUUCUUUUGCAACCUGUAGUGGGGGCCAUAGCAGCAGGCAAUGCUGCUGUAAUAAAGCCAUCAGAAGUCAGUGAGAACACUGCCACGCUUUUGGAGAAACUCAUCCCUCGCUAUUUGGAUAAGGAGCUGUACCCUGUAGUAAAUGGUGGGGUUUCUGAAACUACUGAGCUGCUUGCACAAAGAUUUGACCACAUCUUCUAUACGGGCAAUACCAGUGUUGGCAAAAUAAUAAUGUCAGCAGCUGCCAAGUUCCUUACCCCAGUCACCCUUGAACUAGGAGGGAAGAGUCCAUGUUAUAUAGAUAAGAACUGUGAUAUUGACAUAGCUAGUAGACGGAUAACAUGGGGAAAGUUUGUCAACUGUGGCCAGACUUGCAUAGCUCCUGAUUACAUUCUGUGUGACAAGUCGAUCCAGGAUAAAGUAGUGGAAAAGAUUAAGGAAACACUUAAGGAAUUUUAUGGUGAAGAUGUUAAGAAGUCUCCAGAUUAUGAAAGGAUUAUAAACAAGCGACAUUUUAAGCGCAUUCGUGAACUGAUGGACGGACAGAAAAUAGUUCAUGGAGGGAGUUAUGAUGAAGAAACUUGUUAUAUAGAACCAACUGUCAUGGUGGAUGUGAAUUCAGAAUCCAAGGUUAUGCAAGAAGAGAUUUUUGGGCCCCUGCUUCCUAUUGUAUCAGUGAGAAAUUUAGAUGAAGCCAUUGAGUUCAUAAACCAUAGAGAAAAACCUCUUGCCCUCUAUGUUUUCUCUAAAGAUAAACAAGUGAUUAAAAGAAUGAUUGCUGAGACUUCCAGUGGUGGUGUCACUGCAAAUGAUGUCAUCAUGCAUUUCACAGUUACAGAAUUACCAUUUGGAGGAGUUGGUCACAGUGGAAUGGGAGCCUAUCACGGGAAGCACACCUUUGAUACUUUCUCACACAAGCGCGCAUGCCUUAUUAAGUCUCUUGGUAUGGAAGGUGUAAACAAGAUCAGGUAUCCCCCAUACAGUAUGAAAAAGGUGGAGUGGGCCAAAUUUAUUUUAACAACUAAACUGAGCAAGAAGAAGCUUGGUUUGCUGCUUGUACCCAUGUUUGCAAUUGUGGCAGCUGUAAUUCUGAAGCUAUUAUAAACCUGGAAACUGGAAAAGCAAUGCAGGAAACUUCAGCUGUUGAUUUCAUCUUAUAAACAAUAUUAAACCACUGUAUAAUUAGCUGAAUUGUCCAUAAUAGGAAUUCUACUUUUUCUGACCAUAAAUAAGUUGGAAAUGAUAAUUUCUCCCAUAUUUUAUACUAAAGUGUGACUACAAAGUCUUAUAUUACACAAACCUUUAAACUGUACCCAUUCUUUUUAUGAUCAUUCAUUUUUACGCUUUUGACAACAGCAAAUAGAAAUCCUUUUUCUGUUUAGAAAUUUUCACAGCUUAAAAUGCAGAUACAUCAUGAGCCGAAUGAUGUAAGUAGUGAUGUAAGGUUUUACCAGCUUAUGUAUAAAGUUAAACUAUGCAACAAUAUGAUGUUCAUGUAUGUAAAUUGUUGAUACACUAAUUCCACAGAAGGAACCACUGAUUAUGUUAUGUAAACUGCAUUAAAAUUGAUUUCUCUGA